UUUUUAUUUCGUAAGUCAACGAGCACCAAAUAAAUAAAAAUUUGAAAAAUUCAAGUGGUUGCACAAUGUCAAACCUUCAAGAUGUACCGCUUGCCGAGCCAGAAGACUUGCCAACAAUUGAACAGGACACAGCCGGAUCGAAAUCCAAUUCGCUAAAACGCUUCUUCAAGCUUGGCAAGAAGUCGAACACAAGCCAAGAAGCAUGCGAGGAGGUGACUGAGCUGGAAGAUGAGGCCAACAAAGAUCCUGCCAAGCCGGGCAGCAUUAGUCGUUUACUCACACGACUGAAGGGCAACUCCAAGACAGGCAAUGUACAAUUUGUAGAGCAAAACGAGCCCACUUCCAGCAAUAACGAAACGGCUGUGGAGGAGGCUGCUGACAAGCCGGUGCCAAACCUAAAGCCCACAAUAAAGACAUCGAUAUCAGGCUAUUGGAAACAGCUAUUCCACCGCCAGAAGGUGGCCAAUCGGCAGGAACAGAAACCGGCAACGGAUCAAGAGACAAUCGAGUUGCAGGACGAGCCGCAGCAAACUGAUUCGAUUAAUGCCGAAGAGGGGCCCACAAUAGCAGCAGCAGAAGCCUUGCGCGAGGAUAUCAUUCUAAAUGUGCCAGAAAAGACGAUGGAUAACCAAACAAAUUGCAUUCCCGAGAUCAUCGAGGAAGUUCAAAUGCUCGCCAUUUCAGAUGAGAUUGUGGAUCCAUCGAAUGAUGACAACAAAAAAUAGGACAGGGUCACAGUUUCGACCAACAUAAAUUUAUUGUUAUCCAGUUUUAAGAGCCUGCCAGCCUUCUGCCACACACUUCGUACACAUUUUGAAAAAUCCCGACUAUAUACAUAUACACAAACACGCAUAUUAAACACAUUAGUUCAUCUGCAGUUCAGCUUUAAAUUGAGUCCAAAAUGCUGAAUAAAGCUU